AUUCAUGCUUUUUCUCUACCAGGACGCAGGCAACAAAGGCCACAAGGCAGUCCACAAGGCAGGCCACAAGCUCAACAAGUCGGUGGAUGUAGCUGCGUGUACCUUGUAGAAUGCGCUCCACAUCUUAACGAGAUCCAGCAAAGUUGUGACCUGGGUGGUGGCGUCGCUGGUGUCUGCUGUCCUGUGUCUCCUGCUGCCAUUGGUGCUGCAGGAGCGCGUGUCACCACCAGGGGAACUUUCCCUCCUGCAAGUGUCAGUGCCAGUCUACCAUCUCUGGAGUCCGCCAUGACGAGGCAGUCUUUUACUGCUGGACUCAACUUUGCCAACACUAUUAAUCAGAUCGAGCAAAACCUUAUGCAGAGCUCCAUCGUCCUGCAGAGGUUCUCUCCGGCUGGUCAACAUCUUCGCUUCUUCAUCAUUGACGAUGGAGCGAGGGCAAUGGAUCGCAACGCCAUGGCUAUUAUCGCCGCUUCUAGACAACUAGUAAAUGACUUUAGUUUAACACGGAAUCAAGCAUCAUUUGGCCUGAGGAACAUGCCGGUGAGAGGUACAAGUCUUGAAAGUUUGUGUCCUCAGGUUCCCACCUGCCCCAAUCCCAACUCCAAGUACCGUACUGCUGAUGGAUCUUGCAACAACCUUGCUAACCCCAUCUGGGGCAAGAGCAACACUCCUACCCAAAGGAUCUUACCACCAACUUAUGAAGAUGGAGUGUUUGAGCCUCGCUCCAGAGCAACAGAUGGCUCUCCUCUCCCCGGUGUGCGUCGUGUUAGCAGUAGCGUGUUACCAGACGUAAACCGUCCAGAUCAGUUUUACACCUCGUCUUUCAUGGUGUGGGGACAGUUCAUUGACCAUGAAAUUACCCAUGUUCCCUUCCCUACUAUGGAAAAUGGAGAAGGAAUUCAGUGCUGCCCUAAUGGAACACUGGCACCCCCGGCCAUGCGUCAUCCUAGGUGUUUUCCCAUUGAUCUUACUGGUGACGCCUUCUUUGGACGCCUAGGCAGAACCUGCAUGAACUUCGUCAGAAGUAUGGUCGCCGUGGGCGCUGGCUCAGAAUGUGUUUUUGGCUAUGCCGAGCAGCUGACCCAGAUUACACACUGGAUAGACGGCUCUGCAAUAUACGGCUCCACUGAUGAACAAAUGCGAAACUUAAGAACAUUCAGGAACGGACUCUUGAGGACCUCUGGUAACAACAUUUUGCCCGUUAAUAGUAACCAAGGAGGAAACUGCGAAGCUCAGACACGCGGCGCUCUCUGUCUCUUAGCAGGUUCGUCAUCACUUCCGAGAUUCCACUGUAUUAACUGGAUGUGCACUGUAAACAAACAGCGAGUAAACAUAUAUAAGUCAAUGUCUGUCUCACUUUCAGGAAAGAAUCUUAUGGCAGCCUUCGGUCUGAAUACACUUAGAUCAGGAUUCAGUAGAGAUUAUAACCCCAACAUCAACCCCAACAUGAACAAUGAAUUCUCCACGGCAGCCUUCAGAUUUGGGCACAGCUUGGUGCAAGGAACUCUCCGCUUUAACGGAGACUUGACUAACCAUCUAUUCCAGACUCCCAUGUUUAACUUUGGCUUGGACUUGAUGAGUAUCAACCUUCAACGUGGCCGCGACCACGGCAUCGGCACCUACAACAGUUUCAGAGAGAUCUGUGGUCUGCCGCGCGCCCGUACCUUCAACGACCUCACUGAUCAGAUGAUUCCUGACAAUGUUCAAAAACUGGCCAGAGUUUACAAGAGCGUUGAUGAUAUUGACUUCUUCGUGGGUGGACUCUCCGAGAGGCCUCUCCCUGGCAGUCUCCUGGGCUGGACCUUCCUCUGUGUCGUGGGAGACCAGUUCGCCAGACUCAAGAAGGCAGAUCGAUACUUCUACGACCUCGCAGGACAACCAGGCUCCUUUAACGAAGCUCAGCUGCAACAGAUCCGUCGCUUCUCUUGGGCCAGGCUCAUGUGUGACAACUCCAACAUUAACGCCGUCCAGCCACUCGCUUUCAGGCAGACCAACAACAGAUUUAAUCAACCAGUGCCGUGCAACAAUCCCAUUAUCCCACGACCUGACUGGACACCUUGGCGCGGGGAGAGAGCUGCUGCCUAGUUCUGAUGGGCCUUAGAUCCUGGAUUCUCUGAUGGUUUCUUGCUACCACUUCAUCUAAUAGUUUUUUUUCCUCUCAAGUUUCUUUGGUCCCUUAAUAGAUCUUGGUUUCUCUGAUAGUUCCUUGCUCCUAGCUCUCUUAAUAGCUCCUAGUUCGUCUGAUAGCUCUUGGUUCGUCUGAUUGCUCCUGGUUCCUCUUAUAGUUCAUUGUUCUUAACUCAUCUGAUUGUCCUUGCUCCACUCAUUAUUCCUCUCCUAGUUCCUCCACUGUGUCUUAGCUUCUUUCUCCACUGUUUAUUAUUAUUGCUGUCCUAGUGGCUAACAAACUGUUUAUCCAUAACUCAUUCUUUAAGCGUUGGUACUAAAUGAGUUACAGAGAUCACAAAAACGUUUUUGUCAGACCCUACUGGGUAAAUAAUUCUAUAAAUAUGUAUAUUACAAAAUUGCCAAUAUUUCAGUAUUAUAUAAUACCUUUAAUUGAUGAAACUACAGAUACUGUCAAAAAUCUCACAGAUCUUUAAUAAUGAAGUGAUUUGUCAUCUUUUCUAUUUUUUUUUUUUUUUGACCUGUUUCUUAGGUUUGUAGUUUUGGACUGUCUAAGAAUGUACUAUAGCUGUUCUUGCUUUUGUGUUCUACCUACUGUAGUUGAUCUGAUUGUCUAACACUAGAUUAAAUGAGGUAAUUAGCUAUGUGACUGUAACAUGAACUAGGUACUACAUACAACGACUUUCAGUAUAUAAUAAAUAGAAAAUACUGUAUCUCUGCUGACUAUUUCUUAGUCAAAAUUGUCUCAGCUGGAAUCUUUUUUUUUUUUCAAAUAUACGCCCAACAAAAAAUUGUGAUUUUUAUCUGUGAUUCCCUCACUGUCAUUGACUGCGGGCGAGAGAAGACAGACAACACCUUAAAUUAUUAGGAAUCCCCCGAAAGGGGAUGUCUACUGUGGCUGUGAGUUUACUUUUUUCUUCCUUCACACUGCCAACGCAAUACCUUAAGAACCUUGACUCUGCUCAGCUUCACUUUUUCUAGUUAAAGGCAGGCAUAAAUUGUUAUUGGACAUGUGGGUACUAAUUUGCCAAUUUCGUAUUCAAAACUGUGGAGUAUUUUUUCAGAAAGUCUCUUCUGAAUGGCAUCAAACUUCAAAGUUCGAUGCACCGAAUUUGAGAAAGAUUCUUUACAGUUUUAUGCUGAAUUUAUUAAUAAUGUAGGGCGAAAUGACAGUAGUUUGUUGGAUUAUGUAUUGGUAGAUAAAAAAACUGUUGAGUAGACCUCAGGAUGUACAUGUUUAUAGAGGGGCCACAGAUAUAUCAGAUCACUUUUUAGUUGUAGCUACACUGAGAGUAAAAGGUAGAUGGGAUACAAGGAGAAUAGAAGCAUCAGGGAAGAGAGAGGUGAAGGUUUAUAAACUAAAAGAGGAGGCAGUUAGGGUAAGAUAUAAACAGCUGUUGGAGGAUAGAUGGGCUAAUGAGAGCAUAGGCAAUGGGGUCGAAGAGGUAUGGGGUAGGUUUAAAAUUGUAGUGUUAGAGUGUUCAGCAGAAGUUUGUGGUUACAGGAAAGUGGGUGCGGGAGGGAAGAGGAGCGAUUGGUGGAAUGAUGAUGUGAAGAGAGUAGUAAGGGAGAAAAAGUUAGCAUAUGAGAAGUUUUUACAAAGUAGAAGUGAUGCAAGGAGGAAAGAGUAUAUGGAGAAAAAGAGAGAGGUUAAG